AUGCCUGUCCCCCACGACACGUGGAUUGCCGACAUGCAGUCUCGACUAUUUUGGAUUGCGUUAAUGUCUGAGACUCUCUUGACGAAGGAGCUAAACUUACCUGAUAGUGGAUUACAAGAGAUAUCUGACCAGGUACCUCUACCAAGGUUCUUGAAAAUUGAGCAGCCCUCCUUUAUAUAUGUGGAUGACGUGAGGGAGGAGGAUAAUGAUUCUCUUUAUCAUUACUACUUUUUGGCUCAGACCGCACUCAGGAUACUACUGACGAGGACAAGUAACUGCCUCUUUUUCACAAACACCGAAGAGCGGUACUCGUUAUCUUCACUAGAAGAAGAAUUAACACAUCAGCUCGAACAGUGGCGUGACCAACUCCCCGCUCCCCUUCAAUUCGAUGAAGACAAUCUAGCUCCACUCCCAGAAUCUCCCAAAGAUAUUCUGGUUGUCUCUUGGCUCCGCGCCCGUUACAUGUCUGCCCGGUAUCAUUUUGGGAGACCUUUGCUGUAA